AUGGCUCAAGGUGGUUUAAUCGGUGACGGUGCUUCAAGCAAGGGAAACAAGAGCUCUGCCGCUCGGUUGAAGAUAACUGUGCCACGCUUUGACAACACGGUCUUGAUCAGGGGCUACUCCCGGACUCUGAUAGGCCGGUGCAUGAAUCCGGCGGCUCAAGACGUGCAAGCCUUGUUACAUCACAUGCCACGGUUCUGGAAGAUGGAGGAUAGAGUGGCGAGUGCGGAUCUGGGAAUGGGAAGAUUCCAGUUCGAUUUCGAUAGUGAAGAGGAUAUCGCAGAGGUUUUUAAGCUAGAGCCGUUCCACUUUGAUUACUGGAUGGUGUCACUAGUGAGGUGGGAACCGAUUGUGGAUCCUGCUUACCCGUCGGUGAUAAAGUUUUGGGUGCGUAUGAUGGGGAUUCCACUCCAUUUCUGGGCGGAACCUACAUUCCGGUGUAUCGGGGAAGCCAUUGGUGAGGUGGAGGACGUGGAUAUUGAUGGAGGAAGGGUUCGGGUGUGCUUAGAUGGGUACAAGCCACUCAUCUUUGAGACAUCGGUGGAGUUCCACAGUGGAGAGGAGACAGUGGUGACUCUGCGUUAUGAACGACUCUUUGGCUAUUGCCGGGAGUGCUUCAGCCUGUGUCACGAUGUGGUGCAAUGUCCGGCUCUCCGCAGGGCCAGAGAAGAGAGGGAAAAUCAGAAGAGGCGGGAAGAAAAGCCCGAUGGAGGCCCUAUGAGUUACAAGGGAGUGGUCAUUAAUGGACCGAGGGAGGAGAAUGGGAAUGGGAGGCAGUCACACACCCAUGUUGGUAGUGGUGGUGAUUUGAAGGGGAAGGGGAAAGUGGUGGAAAACAGAGACGAGAGAGCUAAAAGACAGGCUGUGUUUCGGGGCAAUGGGAAGCAUGGCGGAGAAAGUUCAGGAGGCCAGAGGAAACCAGUGGGACAUGUACCACCAGAGCAGAGGAAGCGGAUCAACAGACCCACAGCUCCGGCUAGAAGCAUGAUGGCUCCAUUGUUGAUUUCCACAGCGCCGGGGAACAGAGAUCCAAGUCCAAACCAACAUUCCGCCAAAAAGGUGCGUAAAGCCAUUGAUUUCACGACAGCGGUUGCGGGUCUUGAUGAGAAUGGAAAUCAGCAAGAGGAAACGGGGGUUGAGCAAGUGGCGGAAAAUGAUGUUCCCGUGACCACUUUGGGGAACCAAGAGGAGGCGGUUCAAGAGGAGGGCGAGGAAGGAGAACUCUGGUGGAAUGAAGUGAUUGAGGAGGAGGAAGCGGAGAAGUUAGAAGAGGAGAUGGCGGAUCAGGUGGAACAGCGAGAAAUCACUGAUAUGCAAGUUGACGGGAGUGAAAAACUGGAGACUCUAGUCGGUGUGGAGCAAUUUGUGGAGUUGGAAGCAAAGGAGGUGGGGAAGGGUAAACAAGGGAUGGAGAGGAAAACAGGGGCAAAGAAGAAAGUGUUUCGGACUGCAGUCGGUGUUGGAGGAGGUCCACUCCGGCGUGUUGUUCAUGGUGCUAAAACACCGAAACGCAAGACGACUGCAAAGGGGACAAAGGAGACAAGGUGA